AUGAACCGCAAACCUCCCUUCUGGUGGACAGCACAGAAUGAUGAACGGCCCGAGAAUGAGCGAGAAACGGAAACUAGCAUCUUGGAGGGCGCCUUCAUUCACCAUGCCAUUGCAUUAACGAUUACCGAUGUGGCUCGUGCCAUAUCCCGAUCUGACUCGAAAGGACCGGGAGUGAGACUGCUAACCCAAGAUCCCGCUUACGUGGGUGAGACAGAGUCGAUUCUACACGACACCGGGUUAUUUGAAGUCGUAGGAACGUAUGGCGCGGGGGGAUUCGCAGAACUGGACGAUGAGUCGGUUGUCUUCUCGCCAUUCGUCAACGCUCCUGUAAGGCAGAUCACUGCAGAUAUUGCGCGGCCUGUUGCAGUCAUCUGCAUCGAUGGAAUUGAGACAUUGAACAGGAAAGGGCUUGAUGUCGAGAUCGGUGGUGUCGGCAUCUUACACUUCAAGAGAAUGCACAAGAGGGUUGUCGACGAAGAGAAAAUCCUUCAAUUGGGUAUGACUGCACCAGAAUAG